AUGCGAUAUCUCACCCUCGCCCUCGCCAUCCUCCCCAUCGUGACCGGCACUCCCGCUUUCAAACGCGACGACUCGCAAUACACCGACGGCGAAGGCACCUACGUCAACUCAGACAGCAUCCACCACUACGCUUCCGGCGUCAAAUGCUGGAACGACUGGUACGUCGUCAACCAGGACAUCACCUACUCGCCAUGGCAAGUCGCCUCGGGCAAGGUCUACUGCUCCGGAACCGAACAAUGCCAGGUGACCAAGAUGACGGGCGACCAGACCUGCGAGACCUCGUCGAUUGAGAUCUCGGCCGGCAUCCAGAGUGACAUUUUCAAUAUGGGCGUUAGUGCUGGGUAUGAGGUGCAGAACUGCAACCAGGCGCAGGAUACCACGUUCUGCACUUGGAAUGACGACCAGUGUCAUGUUGUGUGGACUCAGCAGCAGCUCUUCCGCACUCAGGGAUAUACUCGUCGUCGCUGCAGUGACAAGGGCGAUUACACGGCUUGGAUGAAGGAUUAUGAGUGGACUGCGCCGACCAACUCGGUCAACUAUGGGUGUGGCAGCAGCUGCGAUGAUUCGCCUUGA